CAGCAACUUAAAGCUGCUAGGGCCAAGAAGCAUGCAAAGAAACCACAAGAACAAUUAGAUUAUAAGGAUCUAGUUUGGUCAGAUCAGGACAUUGAUAAAAGAGCAUCUGAUUAUUUUUCUGUUUUAUUAAUGGCUGGUAAAAACAUAAAGAUUUGGAAACCGUUAGAAUCACGUACUUUAAUGAAAGUGGAAUCUAUAGAAGUAGAAUCGAUGGAAUUUGACUCAAUAGAAGUAGACUCAAUAGAAGUGGACUCAAUAGAAGUAGAAACAACAGAAAUAGAAUUAAUAGAGGUGAGAUCAACAACAGACAUAUUAGCAGAAAUAGAUAUUGAUAAGAGGAUAAAAAUGAGGUUGGCAAUUAAGAAGUUAGAUGGGAUAUUAAAAAAGGAUGAUAAUCAAAUAGAUAAAGAGGAUAUAGUGCAAUAUAGGCAAACGGGUUUUUUGCUGAUGAUGAAAGAAUUAGAACUCAUUCUUCUUGAAUAUUGUGAUGAAGAUCUUACUAUACUAUUAGAGAAUGAUAUUUCUCUUGGAGAAAAGUGA